AUUUCUUUUCUCAAUUUAUGAUGCCCAUUGUUGUUGAUUGCGGUGCCAAUACUUGUAAAGUAGGCUUUGUCAAUGAAGAUCAGCCUUGUGCUAUAUUUGAACCAUUUGUUAGCCAAGCAAAGCCAAGAAGAGAACUGCUCAAUAGCUCCAAUGCAUGCUAUGUAGGUAAUCAGUUGUCUAGAAGACGUGACGUGUUCCCUCUAGCAUCUUCUCCUAUUCAAAAUGGCAUUAUUCAGGAUUGGCAUGCUAUGGAAGAAAUUUUUAAGUACAUCUUUUUUGAUGAACUCGACGUGGAUCCUUUGCAUCAAACAGUAAUCUUGUCAGAGCCAUCUCUCAAUCCGCUCAAGCAAAGAGAGAGAAUGGUUGAAAUGUUGUUUGAAGUAUUUCAUAUUCCAGCUUUAUAUAUUGCAAGCCAAUCUAUGUUGGCACUUUACAGUAGUGGCAAAACAACGGGAAUUGUAGUUGAUUCUGGUGAUAGUAUGACCAGUGUUGUUCCUAUAUAUGAAGGUUACACUGUUCAGAAUGGUAUACAACAACAGGAUAUUUCUGGAAAGCAUUUGGAACAGUAUUUAGCAAGACAAAAGUUGUUAUGGAAGAAAGGAUAUCGCUUCGGCCUUCAUCAUAGAGAAAACGAUAUCAUAAGAACUAUGAAAGAAAAUUCUUGUUACAUUGCAUUAGACUAUCAGAAAGAAAUGGAACACUUUAAACAGGGCAAAUUGAAAGGAAAAUGCUUUCAAUUACCGGAUGAUAGCCAAAUUACUUUGGACAUUGAAUGUUUUCAAUGUCCUGAAAUGUUGUUUCAUCCACAACUAGUGGGUAUACAGUCUUAUGGGUUGAUUGAUAUGGUUUGUAAAUGCAUUCAAGAAAUUCCAUACAACAUACGAAAGGAUCUGUGGAAUAAUAUUGUCCUAUCCGGAGGAAGCAUGAUGAUAACGGGAAUUCAAGAUAGACUCAAGAAAGAUUUAAAAAAUAACAUUCCAUCCACUGCUGCAUUUCAUAUCUUUCGUCUACCAGAUGCUCGAUUGUCAACCUGGUUAGGAGGUUCCAUUUUAGGCAAUCUCCCAUCUUUUGAAAAAAUAUGUAUGACUUUGGAAGAGUAUCAUGAACUAGGAGCUGCAAUGAUUCAUGAAAGAUGCUUCUAGUGUAGAAUUCAUAAAAAGGAAUGUGAAUAAACUCAAAUUUCCGUCA